AUGUCGUACGAUUUGCGUAAGUCACAAAAAUCGACUAAGAGUGCCAAGCAAGCUCAAACUGGCCCACCUUCUAAAUCGACUUACAAGAGGCCGAAUCCAUUUUCGCCGAAAACUCUGGCUGACCAGCCUGCUGUGGAUCCUUUAUCGAGCCCGAGUUCUGAGAACCUAAGCAGGUCAGGCCCCGCCAAACCAGUCGCCAUGGCAACACCUGACAGCGUCGCUCAGCCCGAUCACCUUAUUCAUGAUGAAUACAUGCCUUCUAAAUACGAAUCCUUCUUAACAAAGAAAUUCGAAGGAAUGCUCGAAAAAGCAGUUGAUCGGCUGGCCAAAAAGAUCGAGGCCGUGGAAUCUCUUCUAGGGGCCUCCGUUGAAUACGAGCGCCAAAGGGUCAAUGCCCUCCAGGAUCACCAGCAACGCAUGGAAGCUAAAUUAAAGGCCUUAGAACAGGAGGUUUCUAAACUACGUGCUGAUGCUGUUAAAAACGAGGCAGCAGUUAACAAGAGUGAGCGGUUCUCGAGGAGAAACAACAUCCGUAUCGUCGGGAUUGAUGAAACAGAGCCUACAUCGCGUUCGGAGGUCAUCGGAGCAACAUCCCAGCCCCAACAAAGCGAAAAUUGUAUCGAGAUAGCUGAAGAUAAGCUUCGAUCGCUCUUUGGUAUCAGCUCGAAGGUUGAGCGGGCCCACCGCGACGGGAAGAAGGUUUCCGGAAAACCCCGUCACAUCUUAGUAAAGCUAUUAUCAUACCGUGACAAAGUUGAAGUUAUGAAGAAAGCUCGCGAUGUUCUGAAAAAAGAAAAAUUCUUCAUCAUAGAUGAUCUCACGAGCGCUGAUCUUUACGAAAAGCGUAAAUGGGCGAAACAGGUUCAAUCGCUUUACACACAAGGUGUACAUGGUGUAAGAAUGCGUUUCUACGCUGGCAAGUGGCGUCUUCGUGGAGGAGAUGCCUACAACUUUGAGGAAACAUCCCGGGACACUUCUCAUCAUGUAGGCCACGACUCUUUCAAUUCAGCCUCUGGUUAUGCCUAA